AUGGCGUCUUUUGAGGACGUUUCAGACAGCGAGACUCCUGUCAUAGACCCGUACGAGGUCCUUGGCCUUGAACGUUCGGCUACCGCCGAUGAGGUCAAAUCCGCCUACCGGAAGGCGGCUCUGAAAAACCACCCAGACAAGGUCGGCGAGGACAAGAAGGCCGAGGCGAACGAGAAAUUCCAGGGUAUUGCCUUCGCCUACGCCAUCCUCUCCGAUGCGAAACGUCGCAAGCGCUACGACACGACCGGAUCCACGUCGGAGUCCAUCGUCGACUCAGAGGGUUUCAGCUGGUCGGACUUCUACAGAGAGCAGUUUGAGGAUGCAGUCUCUGCCGAUGCGAUCGAGAAAUUUGCCAACAAAUACAAGGGGUCCGACGAGGAGAAGGAUGAUAUUCUCGUUGCCUACGAAGAGUCAGAGGGCGAUAUGGACAAGAUCUACGAAACAGUCAUGCUCAGUAACGUGCUCGAGGAUGAUGAUCGCUUCCGCCGGAUCAUCGACGAGGCUAUCGAGAGUGGCGACGUGCCCGCCUUCGACGCCUAUGUGAAAGAGAGCAAGAAGUCGAAACAAGCCAGGAUAAAGGCGGCGAGGAACGAGGGACAGGAGGCUGAGGAGUACGCCAAGGAGCUCGGAGUGCACGACAAGCUCUUCGGCAAGAAGGACGGCAAGGCAAAAGGCAAGGGAAAGAAGGACAAUUCCGAGGACGCUCUCGCAGCGCUCAUCAAGCGGCGGCAGGAGGACAGGGGAGCCAGCUUUCUUGACAGUUUGGCUGAGAAGUACGGAGCCAAGCCGAAGAAGAGUAAGAAGAGAACUGCUGGCGACGAUGACGACGAGCCAUCAGAGGAGGCAUUCCAGGCAGCAGCAGCGAGGCUCAAUAGCAGGAAAGGCACAGAGGCCAAAUCCAAGAGAUCGAAGCGGUGA